UGGAUUCUAGUAUUUCUAUGACAGAAUCAGAAACUAGUAAUGAUCAUCCUCAAAAAAGGAAUAAACAAGGUGGGCCUGUUUUUAAUGAAGUGUGGGACUAUGUUAUCAAGCAUGAAAAAGUUCCUAAAGAUAUCUGUCAAUAUUGGCGCAAUAAGCUUAUAGAUGUUGAUAAUGCUUAUAAGAGAAAUUCUCAAUUACAAUUAGCCUUAUCAUCACAAGUUAGUGAUAAAAUUCUUUUAAGAGCUUGGAUAAUGACUAACAACCCAUUUGAAGUAAUUGAAAAUCCUUAUAUUAAAGAUCUUUUUAAAAGACUUAAUCCUGU